CCUCUUUACUAUGCUAUAAAUGCAGGUUGUUGACGAAGUUCUAGAUGGUCUUGUUCAUCUAGUCUGUCAUCCUUCUGGGCUAGCUGGCUUCUUUCUCUUCGACUAAUCUCAUACGAGGUGUUCAAGCUCAAGGGACUGUUUCGCUUUUGCGUGAUUGCAUCUCAAAAGGCUAAAGGGCUACAUGUCACAAGCAACCAUGUUGCUAAGGAGCUCUUCAACACCAGUUCUUGGAUCCCUGCUCUCGUCUUUCUCCGACAGCGCUAACAACAGCAGCAGCAAUCACCACCAUGAUAUUAACACCGCAUUCAAGCACAGCCCAAUUCACCACCAAAGCAUAAACAAACUUCCGUACCACCAAACUGGCUGCUUCUGUCUCAGCACCAUCUCCUGCAACUCCUCUCCCAUCUCUCCUUCCAUUUCUGAAUUCUCUGGUCGUUCCCAUCAAGGCUUUCGUCGUGCUCAGUCUGAGGGAAACCUUCAACGGAUACUAGACUAUUCUUCUAACAACAACGAUGAACAGCACUACAAUCCGAACCAAACCAGGAAAGUCUCCGGGAGAUCAAAGUGCUUGAUGUUAGAAACUAUACCAUCAUUUUCUUUUAGUACUUUGCGAGGUCGCUAUGAGGAUGAGGAUGAAGAAGAUGAAGAUCAGAGUGACGUCCAAGAUGAGGAAGAGAGAGCAGAAUUAGAUGAGAAUGCGGCGGCGGAAAAUGGCCACUUCGGUUUAAGUAAUAAGACGGAGAACAUGGUUUUGACUGAGGAGGUGAGAGUCAUGGAUAGGAUUUGGAGCGUAAAUUUUGAAGAGAAAAGAGAGUGGAUUAGUGAAGAGAUGCACCUUGCAAGAGGGCCUGGCAUUGAUUGUGGUAGUAAUGGAAAUGGUGGUGGUGGAGGUUAUGGUGGCAGAAGUGGAGGUGGUAGUGGUGAUGAGUUUGAUUCAGGAGGUGGAGACAUGCAUGGCACGGAGGAGUAUUAUAAGAGGAUGGUGCAGGAAAAUCCAGGCAACCCUUUGUUUUUGAGGAACUAUGCUCAAUUUUUGUAUCAGACAAAGCGAGACCUUCAGGGAGCCGAGGAGUAUUACUCCAGAGCUAUCUUAGCAGAUCCUAAAGAUGGUGAAAUACUGUCACAAUAUGGAAAGUUAGUAUGGGAAUUGCAUCAAGACCAAGAUAGAGCUUCGAGCUACUUCGAGCGUGGGGUUCAAGCUUCUCCAGAAGAUUGCCAUGUUCACGCAGCAUAUGCUAGUUUCCUAUGGGAAACAGAGCAUGAUGAUGGUGAUGAUGAUGUCGAAUGUAAGGUGCCGCCGAAAGAUUUCGAUGCUAAGCCACCACAUUUCCAUGAAGGAGAAGUGGCUUUUGCCAGAGGUUAAGCUGUUAAACUGAAGCCAUUGUGGUUAUGGAAAAGAGAGGAGGAAGGUACAAGAGAAGAGAAUCCAUGGCGAAAAGCACCAGCUAUGUAAAAACUGUAUCAUAAUCAAGAUCAUCGUGUCUAUCAAUAAAUGCCUUCGAUUCCAAUACUAGAAUUGCUCAAAAUU